ACCACGAGGCGAUUGCAUUUUCGAGAUGCGCUACCACGUAGUUAUCUCCGUCAUCAUUUUGUUUAAUUCGAUAGUUUAUCACCGCUACUUCAAUAAUCCGGUCAGUAUUGUUGACCGGGCUGAGCUUCGUUACGAUUAUAUUGUCGUUGGCGGUGGUACUGCAGGAUGCGUUGUUGCAUCUCGCCUCUCGGAGAUGUCAAACGUGACAGUUCUUCUUGUCGAGGCUGGAGGAUACUUCAACUGGCUGUCAAUGAUACCAUUGGCAGCUCCUCUCAUGCAAGGAUCGGCGAAUGAUUGGUCCUUUAAAACGGAGCCUCAGUUAUUCUCCUCUAAGGGUCUCGAGAACCAUAGACAAUCGUACCCGCUUGGACGAGGUCUGGGAGGAAGUGGCCAGCUGAAUUACUUGGUCCACUCUUUCGGGAAACCGGAGGACUUCCAAAAUUGGCCCAAUGGAUGGACCCAUGACGAUUUGCUGCCAUAUUUUGAAAACGUGGCGAGCACCAUGAACGUUGAAUCUAUUCCAACCGAUGGGGAAUUAAUUCAGGCGUUUCUGCAUGCUGGGAAAUCUGUACCCACCGAAGAUGCGUCUUUUCAUCCUGCCAGCAGCACUCUGAGAAGAGGAGCAAGAUUGAGUUCUUAUCACGCGUAUCUUCAAUAUGCAUGGCAUAGAAAUAAUCUCCACGUACUGACCGAAACUCGAGCAACUAAAAUAAUUUUUUACAAUGCAACCACUGACGGAAUCGAAGUGACCUACAAGGACGACACGCAAGGCGUCAUCCUCGCAAAAAAGGAAGUCAUCCUCUGUGCCGGGAGUGUCAAUACUCCACAAUUGCUCAUGAUUUCCGGUGUCGGGUCUUCCGAGGAACUGGAGAGGCUUGGAAUACCAAUUGUAUCGAACAGGUCGAAUGUGGGAAAGAACUUAUUUGACCACUUAAAUGUACCUCUCUACGUGAACCUUGAAGCACCGAUCAGCGCCACAUUAAGAAAGAUACAGAGUAUCAGCGAGGUCUACAAGUACUUUGUUUCCGGAACAGGACUGCUGGCCACGAAUGGAAUCAUCGGAUUGGCCAGCCUUAAUGGCAGUGGGAUUAUUUUCUUCAGCGGUGCCUCGGCUGACGAGAAACUGCUGAAAAAUAUUGCCAAUUUUAAGACAGAAACUUUCAGGGCGAUGUUCCCUUCCCACAACAAUACCUCGCAUGAGGGUUUCCUUUAUUUAACAAGUUGUUGGCAGCCAAAAAGUCGGGGCACCAUUUCUCUGCGAUCAGCCAGUAUUUUCGAUCCUCCUGUAAUUGAUCCUGCCUACCUGGAAAAUGACGAUGACGUGGAAUGCAUUCAAAAAGCCAUAAAACUAGCUCUACAAACGCUGGAUACAAAGCUGUUCCGGGAGUUCGGUGCCCGAAUCCACGUUCCUGAUCUCGAUGACUGUCGCCACUGGAAGCAAGACUACCUGGACGAUGACUACUCGGAGUGUGUCAUGAGGACCGCGGGUCUCACCAGUCAUCAUCCCUGUGGAUCUUGUCAAAUGGGCACAAACGAUGAUGCAGUAGUCGACGAGUAUUUGAGGGUAAAGGGCGUCAAUGGUUUGAGGAUAGCCGAUGCCAGCAUCUUGCCAUCUCCAAUAUCUGGGACGCCGAAUUCCGUGAUAAUAGCGAUAGCGAAUCGCGCGGUUGACGUAAUUUUGGGCCAUUCGACCGCUCGUUUUAAUUCCUUUCUGAAGACCAAAUCACAGCCGAACGUCUGAACUAGUACACAUGACUCCACUAAAUUGCCUCGUUAUCGAAUUUAGUCAGCGACCCUCCUUAUCGACAUCCAUCAUGCCUUUCCCUUAAUCGAGUGGGCGGAUUCUGCGAAUAAAAUUACAGUAUUUUUAUACAAGCAUCUGUUUCGCCGAUCCAAGGUCGCUACGUUAAGGUGUACCGAUAUCUGAUUGGGAGAUAAAGUGAUACGAAGA